AUGCGCACUGGUAUUUAUAACCGAAUCUCAUUGCUUUCUGUACUCUGCCUUUUUAUCCUCCUGGGUAUCGUCGUCGAGGCUGCGCCUUCCCCCGAGUUUGCAACAAGAAGCGACAGCAACCCGCUCAACAUCGAUUGGGGCCCUGAUCCGCCACCUGAAGAAGGCCCUCCACUCUCUGCCGGAGCCCUUCGGGAUACCACUUACCUCCCAGCCCAGAUCGGCGGCAUCGUUGGAGCAUACGCCGUUUCGCUGGUGCUGGUCGCCAUCACUCUCCUUUCCCUAGCAAAGCGCCGUCGUGAACACCUCGAGGCAGCCGACGAGCCCGAGAAAUACGAGCCCAGCGCAUACGCUUACCCUGCGACCUUCUCAGCCUUUGAGAACCAAGAUAAUUUCCCCUACCCAGUUCAAUCCCCAACGAGUCCGGUACGAAACUUUUCGUAUCCGUCUCCCACCAGCCCAACCCAAGAAGACCCUGGCAGGCCUUACAUAUAUCCCUCCCCAAUCUCCACUGUUCAGGCUCCCGGCAUCGAUCUUGCCGUCGACCAAGCUGUGGUCUCAGCCGAUAGAGAAAUGGCGCAAGCACAGCUCGAGGACAUGUACAAGUAUGUGAUGGAGCAGGAGGCCGCCAAGGAGGCGGGCAUCGUCCUCGACCCGCCGGUGAUCCCCGGCGCGCAGCCGAGGCAGGCGCCGACCAACAGCUCGACAACGACGCUCACAAAGAAAGAGAGAAUGAAGCCGUCGAGCUUGAAUCUGAACAAAGAGGAAAAGACGCAGUCGCGCACGUCUUCCAUCUUGUCCGCGCUGAAAUCUCCGCGCAAGAAGAAGAUGCAGGGCAUGUCCAUCUCAUCCCCCAUCAUGACGCCCAUGUCGGGAACUUUCCCGCGGUAUGAGGGCGAGGAGAUGAGCGCCAUCCCGCCUCGCCAGUAUGCUCCCGCAGCACCGCCACCGAUCCCCACGGAUCAGGCCCCCUAUAGGCAACAGCAGCGGGCGAUGGGGGCUCCCCUGACGCCGGACAUCUCGCCCCAGAGCACUCAGAGCAUUGAUGAGAGGAUCGGCGUCCAACUCGGCCAGCCGCCUCAGCGACAUGCUCGAGACAUCUCAUCAGCGACGACCGAGGCUGACCCUGUGUCGGCCGCCUCGGAAAAGUCCACGACACCGCUUGUCGGACUGCCUUCAUCCCCCAAGCCAGGGGUGACCCGAUUCCCAUCUCUCGCCUCGCUGCCGAGCUCGCCCAAGCCGGGAGCGACCUUCUCUAGGCCCAAUGCGCCAUCGGCUGUCCGCACUGGCGGUACACUACCCCUGCGAGCCUACGAGCCAUCGCUAGCCUCGCCGUCGGCGUCGAGCCACCAGACAAAGCAGACCGUCUUUGAACGGGCAGGACCGCUGUCGCCUGGGGGGCAGAGGACGCCCUGGACUGGUGCGCCGGUCCCAUACUCGCCGUAUCAGCCUUUCUCUCCGGUCGUCCCCAUGACGCCAAGUCUGGUCACCAAGGCUGAUCGGAAGAGGAUGAAGAGAAUGGAACCCAAGACACCUACCGUCGAGAUGGUGCGGAGUACCGAGGAUCUCUGGUAA